AUGAAAAGUGAAGACACAAGUGAUAGUAGCUCCGGAGAAUCUAAAAAGUCUACUGCUCCUGGCUCACAAAGAAGUCAGGAGGCCAAGAGCAUUGUAAAUGGGCCAAAAGUAAUAGAGCCGAUCUUUGAGCAAAGAGAACCAUUAGAUGAUCAGAUAAAAAGCCAGAUAAUACUUUCCUUGGCAAUGUUCACCGACGAAACACCCCCAACCAGGAUAUGUGAAGCUUUGAAGAGCAUGCUUGAUAGUAAGUUUGGAAAGGGAUGGUGUGUGUUUGCUGGGGCACACUUCGCUGGAAGCUGCACGUUUGAAGAGAAAUACUUUGCACAGAUAUCAUUUGGUACAUACUCAAUAACUGUAUUUAGGAUAUUCAUUCCGGGAAGCUAG